AUGGCGAUGGCUAUGAACCCAGCGGCCGCGCGUGUGCGUGAGAACCAGCGCCGUUCCCGCGCGCGACGCAAGGAAUACAUCCAGGAGCUCGAAACCCGCCUCCAGCAAUACGAGCGCCAUGGAGUCGGCGUCACCAUCGAAGUGCAGACGGCGGCCAGGAAGGUCUCCAGGCAGAAUGCCAUGCUGAGGUCACUGCUUCACUCCUGCGGCGUGACGGACGCCAGGAUUGAUGAGUGUCUCGCCUACGCUGAAGAGAACAACUGCAGCCCCAGCAUCGUCUUCGACACGCUGCCCCUCGCGGCCGCGGCUGCACCAAAACCACGACGAGCGCCAAAACCAAAACCAGCACCGGAACCGCAACCAUCACUGCCACGGGUGCUGGCACCGGCGCCGGCGCCGGCAACAGUGGCACCAGCAGUCUCCCCGGCGGUGGAACAGCGUACGGCUGCGCCCAUGCUCGCACGCCGUCCACCGUCAGCCUGUUGCCGCCCACAGCAAGGAUCCCAGGGAUGUCCAGCCCAGGUGGCCGAGGGUGUCCCUAAUUUUGUACCACCACAGACCUGGUCCGCUAGUUCGCUUGAUAGUACCCAUUCCCCAAUGGAAGCUGCUAUUCCAUCAUCGAACUGUGCAUCCGCGCCUGACUUGGCCUCACAGUGGAUUGAUGACAUGACCCCCUGCGAAGAGGCCGCGAAGAUAAUCGCGAGCAUGCGGGUAGAGCAAGACGAGCAAGCUGUGCGAGCUGAAUUGGGAUGUGGGCUAAACGCAACAUGCAUGGUCGACAACAUGACCAUCUUCCAGGCGAUGGACCGAUGGUGA